CCUUGUCUUAUAAUAUUAAUGCCUCUCUCUCUCCCCACGUCCCCUCCUCUCUCUCCCUCUACCUCUCUAUGUUGCAGUAUAUAAAAGGUAGCACCUCGACCCUUAUGGAUCAUACCUCCAAAAUUCAAAGUUCAAACUAAAAUUCUUGAUUUUCACCUUUGAUAAUUUCCUCCCACCCUCCCUUCCUUAAUUAUAAGCAAGAAUGGUAGUUCCUUCUCCAACACCAAUACGAACCAAAAAAACGAAGGCUUUAAGAAUUCCUACUGUUGAUCUUUCUCUUGACAACUCGAGCGUAUCACAGUUGAUCGUCAGAGCAUGCGAAGAAUAUGGAUUCUUCAAAGUUAUAAAUCAUGGGGUCAGUAAGGAGGUCGUAGGAAGACUGGAGGAGGAAGCAGCUCGUUUUUUCAGAAAACCAGCCACGGAGAAGCAACAGGCUGGACCUGCUAGUCCCUUUGGAUAUGGUUGCAAGAACAUUGGCUGCCAUGGUGACACAGGCGAGCUCGAGUAUCUUCUCCUCCACACCAAUCCUCUCUCCGUCUUUGCAAGAUCCAAAACCAUCUCGGACGACCCUUCAGGAUUCAGUUGUGCGGUGAGUGAUUACAUACGAGCAGUUAGGCAGCUUGCAUGUGAGAUUCUUGAUCUAGCGGCUGAGGGCUUGUGGGUCCCGGAUAAACAUGUAUUCAGUAGGCUCAUCAGAGACGUCCAUAGCGAUUCAGUUCUUAGACUUAAUCACUAUCCUGCAGUCGAAGAGAUCACAGAUUGGGACCCAUCAACCAUAAGAAUUGGUUUUGGUGAGCACUCCGACCCUCAGAUCUUGACCAUCUUGCGAUCCAACGAUGUUGCGGGCCUCCAAAUUUGCUUGCAUGAUGGUUUGUGGGUACCCGUCCCUCCUGACUCCACAGGAUUCUACGUGAUUGUGGGUGAUACCUUUCAGGUUUUAACGAAUGGGAGAUUUGAAAGCGUGAGGCAUAGAGUACUGGCAAACUCGAGCCAGCCAAGACUGUCAAUGAUGUAUUUUGGGGCACCACCCCCUACUGCUUGGAUCUCUCCUCUCUCACACAUGGUUUCACAGCAAAAUCCAAGCCUUUAUAAACCCUUCACUUGGUGUGAAUUCAAGAAAGCGGCCUACACUCUGCGUUUGAGAGCUACGCGUCUUGACCUCUUCAAGAUUCACGCCACUGAAAAAUCUGCUUAAUUGUGUUCGGCCUUCAAUAUAUAUAUAUAUAUAUAUAUAUAUAUAUUAUUUAAGGUCCCAGUCUUUGUACUUCUUGGACAGGAUAGAAAGAAUUAGGGACAGAAAAAG